GGACUGAGAGCCACCCUUCCAGCAAAGGAGAGUCAGUCAUCUGUGCGCAUGUCACGGUCUGGAGCAGCUCUGGAGCUUUUAUGACUUUCACGACAACAUUAUCUUCUGGAAGGACUUCUACACCUGGGGGUCUCACCUGCCCCUGUUUGGAGGGCUUGUUUCUGUCGCUUUAACUGCCCUCCCGCCUUCUCACUGCGCUUAAGGGGUGCGCCCACUUCCACUCACGCCCGUCCGAGACCGACAAACCCUUAUGAGGAGGAAGUUCUCUUGGUGAAACUCGCCUGCACCGAGACUGUGAACGUGGGCGACCGAUCUGUACUAAAGGAAGAUGCAGAGCGCGAGGCAGCAGCUCAUUUACGAAGGGGGAGCGGACAGCAUGGAACAGGAAUGCGUCUGCGCGGAGGCAGGACUGCACGGCGUGAGCGCCGCUCGCCGCCACAGGAGCGGCUGGCAGUGGCAGCAGCGCACCACGCAGCUGCUGCUGUUGGUGGUGGUGGCGCUGCUCCUGCUCCUGUCGGCGGUUCUGGCUCUGCUGGUCAUCUUUGGGCUCGAGAGGGACUGGCGCGCGCCCCAUGGCAAACAGGACAGGCUGGUCAGCCUUCCUCCAGACACUGGUGACUGCAAGGAACAAGUGGAAACUUUCAAACCUCUGAGCCAUAAUGAUGGCAGAACUCCAAGAGCUAUGCUGACAGCAGCUAAAGUUAAUCAGACCAGUGGAGAUCCCCUACAAUGGGAGACUGAACUUGGAAACGCUUUCCUCGGAGGAUUUAAUUACUCUGACGGCAAUCUGGUGGUGCCAAGAGACGGCUUUUACAGGGUGUUCCUGCAGGUCGCCUUCGAAAUCCCUAAUGAGUGUGAAAACCAGGCCCUCUCCUGCACCGUGUUAGCUCUGUCGGAGGAUUAUCCUAAAUACAAGGAAAUUCUUAAAACAGAUGAUUUUGUAGAAUGUUGUAAUUGUAUAAAAACCCUUUACACAUCUGCCUUGUUUUCCUUUAAAGAAAACACUAUGCUGAAAGUGAAAACAAACGGACCAUACAUUAUCAGCAAAGAUGAAAAACUGGUGUUUUUUGGUGCAGAACUUCUCCCAGAUUAACUUGGUUAAAGGUUCUGAUAAUGACCUCGCUCUUCAGCCAACCCUGAACAGGAGUGUUCAUCUUCUGUCAAUCUGAAUCUGUUAAACUGUCAGCAGCAGCUUUGGUUAAAGAUGAACUCAUCAGCUGUUGUCAUGUAAAUAUUCUGUUCACCUGUUUCUCUGUAGGUCUUAGUUGUUUUUUUUUUUUUUACAUAUUUAUAAAAGAAGCCAAUUUUAUAUCCGAGUGUAAAAAUGCUUUACCUGUGUUCUCAGAAAAUUAACUAACAGGAAAACGUGAUAUAAACAUCAGCAAAUUAACUUUUUUAUUACUGUUGUCAAAAUAUUUGUCUAAUUUAGUUCUUCUCAGGGGGAAUAUUUGUAGUGGGUCACUAUAAUGUCAGCUGUUACUGAAAAUGGAAACUGAAUUGAUCAGUUUGACAAAACGAAGAGAUUUAGAAAAGUCUACAUGUUGUCAUUUUAAAGAGGAAACAACAUUUUUUAGUAUCUUUGUAAUGUAAUGUGAAGAAAAUCCAUGCAAAGACAUCAAGUGUGUUUGCUUGGACAUUGAGUGGAAGACGUUCUUAAUGGCAUAAUUUGUAAUACCACAAAACACUACUUUUUUGCUUUAGCUGGAGCUGAUGUAUCCUGUAGCAGAGUAAGCAGGCAAAGACUCACUUUUGCAGCUAUAUGGUUUAUUCCUUUGUCUGGGAUAAAGUCUGAGCUGUACAGUGAUUUAACUGCUUUAUUUUAGGAUUUAGGACAUUUGUAAGAUUAUAUGAUUGAUAUAUAAAUAUAUAAAUAUAUAUAUAUUUAAUUCAAACAUCUUCAUCUGAUAGAGUUGACUGGAGGAGCAGAUUAAUUUAUGAGAGUAGUAAAGAGAGCAGUCAAAACACUAGCUGCUCUGAGCUGAAGGAGUUGGCUACCAUCUUUAAUAAAGGAAAGCAAUAAUGAUGGAUGGGGUAAACAAGGGUUGAUUUUGAUCCUUUAGAUCUCCAAGAAUCCGGAGGGGCACCGAUUUUAUUUAAAUAUUUAACUGUGUAUUGUUGUACUGCGUUUUUGAAAUAAAAAAUCUGGGAAAAACACA